CCAUUGAAUUGACCCUGCCCCUUCACACGUACUAUAAGACAUUGUUGUUUUCUUUGGUGUUUUUUCUGAUCAAACGUUGUGUUCUUCUACAUGUUAACCGGGGUGUGUUCUCUUCCAAUAACACGAUGCUUCGGUUCCUUGUGUCGGUUCUCGUGUUGGCAAGUUGCAAGGAGGUUCAAAAAAUGGCGAAAGCACAGUACACAGUAGAUUCAGCAAGAGCGUGUUUGGUUAGACAAGAAGACACUAUCAUAUUUGCUUUGAUCGAAAGGGCAAAGUUUCCCUUGAAUUCCCCAACCUAUAAUCACACUUUCACUUCCAUUUCCCAGAUUCAAGGUUCACUGCUUCACUUCUUCAUUCGCAACACAGAAGCAAUUCAAUCUAAGGCAGGUAGAUACACUAAUCCUGAAGAAAUUCCGUUCUUCCCAGAAAAUUUACCUCCCUCGGUUGCACCAUAUUACCCCUCCUCAGAGUUUUUGCAUUCUGCAGGUGCUUUGAUUAACAUAAACAAGGACAUUUGGAAACUGUACUUUCAUGUGCUGCUUCCGAUGUUUGUUGCUUCCGGUGAUGAUGGAAACUACGCACAAACUGCUGCUGCCGAUCUUACGUUGUUGCAGGCCAUCUCUAGAAGGAUUCAUUAUGGAAGAUUCGUUGCUGAGGCCAAAUUUAGAGAAACUCCUCAAAUCUUCGAGUCUUUAAUUCGUGCCAAGGACAGGAAAGCAUUGAUGAAAGUGUUGACAUUGGAGAGCAUCGAAAAGAUGGUGGUGAAGAGGGUUGAAAAGAAGGCCAUGGUGUUUGGACAUGAAGUGAGUCUUGAACAUGUGAAGGAAGGUACGUACAAGGUUGAUCCAUCUGUGGUUUCUCUGUUGUACCAGAAAUGGUUGAUACCACUCACAAAAAAUGUUGAACUCGAAUACUUACUAAGACGUCUCGAUUGAAGCCAUCUCAAUGCAAUCAAAUUACGAAAUUAA